UGGUAGAGCUGUCAGGGUUGGACGUUAUAGAAAAAAGAAUUGACUCGGUUUUCACUGGUGUAGAUGAUCGAAAGAGGAUAGUCGCAUCCAUUUUGAGGAUUUGAUCCUUUUAUUUGGACUACACUUGUAUCAAAAAUAGUCUGAGGUCCUGGAACGAUAAUCUUCGUGGAGUUGGAAGGAUCACAGCCCAUAAUCAAAGAUGACGUCUAAAUCAGGGGAACACACGAAAUGUAGUGCCUUCUGCGAGGCCCUCUGGCACAAGGUUACUCGAACCAAAACUCUCGGGUCGGACCUCAUGACAACACCCCUGAAACGAUGCCUCACCACGCUGGAGGUGACAUUCUUCGGAAUAGGGCAGAUGGCGGGAGCUGGGAUAUACGUCUUGACUGGUGCGGUAGCGAAACAAAAGGGCGGCCCUGCGACACCUCUCUGCUACCUCAUAGCAGGUUUGGUGUCCUUUUUGUCGGCGCUGUGCUACGCGGAAUUCGGCGCAAGGGUACCUAAAGCAGGAUCGUCCUACACGUACGCUUACGUCACUGUCGGCGAACUUUUAGCAUUCAUCAUUGGUUGGAAUAUUCUUCUCGAACAUUGCAUCACUACCGCUGCAACUGCGCGUGCGUGGAGUGGUUCCAUGGACACCUUAUUAAAUGGUGCCAUGAGUAAUGGCACCAUGGACGCGGUCGGGAGAAUAAAUGUUCCAGGGUUUGCAAAAUAUCCCGAUUUCGUUGCGACGGGGUUGAUCAUUCUGUUGGCAGUUCUAGUCAUCUUGGGAGCCAAGGAAUCGGUGACCUUCAGUGUGGUGAUCGCCAUUUUGAAUAUUGCUAUCAGCGUAAUCAUCAUAGGAGCGGGUAUGUCCCGGGCUAACAUUGCUAACUGGGAAAACAAGGACCAUGGCGGCUUCCUGCCCUUUGGAACCGGUGGCCUUCUAGGGGGCGCGGCGAUGUCAGUUUAUGCUUACACCGGAUAUGACGCAAUAUGCAUCGCAGGCGAGGAGACAAAAAAUCCUGCAAAAUCUAUGCCGAUUGCAAAUGGCGUCGCGAUGUCUUCAGUAAUGGUGUUGUACAUUUUGCUCGCGUCGACUCUGACUCUCAUGAUACCAUAUUAUCAAGUUGACCCUGACGCGGCUUUCACAGUCGCCUUCAAGGCUCUGGGAAUGCCAUGGGCGGAGAUUCUGGUGACUGUUGGUGCCCUGGUCGCUAUUACCGGGACCUGCCUCGGAAACAUGUUCUCAACCUCCCGCUCCGCCUACGCGAUGGCCAGAGACGGAAUCCUCUUUGAGAUAGUUUCAUACGUCCACCCGAAGACCAAGACACCAAUCGUUGCAAUAAUCGCCUUUGCUGUGAUCGCAGGGACUUUAGCUAUGGUCUUGGACGUUGGCCACUUGGCAGAGUUCGUCUCAAUCGGGACCCUUGUGGCGGUGUCUGUGGUUUCCGCGUGUGUGAUCGUACUACGCUACCAGACUCUCGAACAGUGCCAAUUCGAAUUGAAAGUGAAAGCAAAGCCACAUGAACCAGGAGACGAAAGUCAACAGCUUGUUGACGAGGAAGCAAAGUUUAAGAACUUAGGAGAGCUGAAACCACGCUUUCGGAAUGUUCCGAUUCUGCGUGACUUGAAGCCAGGCAAAGGGCCGGUCAUUGCCACGGGUGUUAUGAUGGCCUUCAUGGCGGCGUUCGCUCUGGCCUCCUCCUUCGCGGUGAGGAAUGCCGCUCAUGUUGCCUGGUGGUCAUACAUCAUCAUGAUACUCAGCGGCGUGGGACUUGCUAGUAGCUUUGCCGUGAUCUGCAUGCAUAAACAGAACCAUUACUUCCAGACAUUUCAGAUGCCCCUGGUACCCUUUCUGCCAUCCCUGAGUAUGUUACUGAACAUCGGCCUGCUGAUGCAGAUGUCAUGGCUAGCGUGGGUUAGAUUCCUCAUCUGGAUGCUUAUUGGAUUCCUCAUAUAUUUCGGUUAUGGUAUCCGACAUAGCAAGGAGAACAUUAGCUCGGACGAUCAGCCAAUGGGGCCGACCAGCAUGGAGGGGUCGUACCAAGCCGUGGAAUCAUCUGGUGAUGGCACCCCCUCCCGGCCAGAUGCGGAAACUAAAGAUGAAGGAUCAACUGAAGAAAAGCAUAAUGGAAAUGCGAAGAAGACAGAAUAAUGCAACAUUAGAAUGGCAAAAACAAAUUGGAGUGCAUAAAGGCCGUGUAGCAGCAGGGAAUUCCAGGGGGGAGUGCUUUCCCCCUUUAUUAUGAAUUUGAUUUAUAGUAGACUCCAUGGUUUACUUUUCAGAUUCCUCAUCUAUUUUGGCUACGGAAUCCCACUCCGGAGGUAGAUUCGCUAUUAUCAAAGUUUUGUUUUUAUUCCUGUCCAGCUGAAAAACAAAAUAUGUUUCGCAAAAUUCCCACCCAGAAAGGGUCAAUAAAUUGUUGGUGUAGAAAGGAUUUCGCGCCGAUUUCGCGCGCUACUUCAAUGAUAUGACUGAUGACGUCACCGUGCUUUAGAAAUAGAACCACUAUGACGUCAAAUAUCGUAACGUGCAUAGAUUAGUCCGUCUUCAUUUCGUUUCUGCUUGUUACAUUAUAAUUACCAUAAUCAGAUAUUAACACUCUUCACCCUGCCCAUCAGUCAGGGGCAUAUUUGCGGUGGGGAGCAACAUAAAAUUUGUCUAAAAGGCUUUGUGUACCUCAAAAUCAAAAUUAUUUAUUAUUGUUUUUCAAAUAGAUCUGGCCAAAGGCACUUGGCUGACCUCUUUUCAGUGAACUGAAUACUGUGAUCACAAAUACGGUGUAGUAAUGUUACACAGCCCUGGGCAGCCGGCUUUGGUUGAUACAAGCUAUACUUUCUUCAGCAUUGGUAAGGCCUACCCUGAUAAAGAUAUAUUAGAUAAUCUAGUGUUGUGUCACACCAUUAAAUACGGCGAAGAUGACUUCAAAUGCUAAUAUCAAUUAUCAGCCACGUGAAGUGUGCUCUAUAAAUAUUUUAA